AUGGCUACCCCUAGUGUCCUCGCUUUUGACGCUGAGGGUCGAGCCAUAGACUUUGAGGUCUGGGUCGACGACCUCCAGCUGUUCUUACAGUGCGAAAGGGCAGACGGUCUUUCUCUCUUUGACCUCACCUCUGGCGCCUCGCCUGCCCCUGCUGCUGAUGCUGACCCCACUGUUCGCUCUCAGUGGGCCACCCGCGAUGCUGCUGCACGUCUUGCUGUGCUCAGGGACCACUUUCUCUCAGUCUGUCCCACCACCCUCACUGUCGACCUCCUCGAGAAGGCCCUCCUAGCGGCGGAGAAGAGCAUCGUCGCUGUAGGAGCUUCUCGGGGUGACCCUCGCACUCCCAUCUUUGAGGGGUGCUCUCCUUCCCCCCUACUGCCCUCUGUUGCCUCUGCUGCUGCUGCCGACCUGCUUGGUCUUGAGUCGGUCGGCGCGGCGUCUGCCCCUAGUGGGAGACGCCGCUCUGGCAAGGGCAAGGGGGGCAAGGGCGCGGGUGGAGCUGGAGGGGGCGGUGGAGGUGGCGGUGGAGGCGGCGGAGGGAGUGGGGGUGGCGGCGGGAGUGGUGGCGGCGGCGGUGGUGGUGGUGGCAGCGGCGGAGGAGGCGGCGGUGGUGGCGGCAGCGGUGGAGGUGGAGGCGGCGGAGGAGGCGGAGGAGGAGGCGGUGGUGGCGGAGGGGGUGGAGCUGGUCGGGGUGGUACCCCGCAGCGGAGCGGCUCUGGGGGUGGUCAGCGCCAGCAGCAGCUGCAGCAGCGUUCGCGGGACAUCCCUCCGCCCCAGCAGCUCCGUGAGUGGUUCACGCAGCGUCAGUGGGGUGGGGGUACUGGUCCGUGCACCUACGUCCUUCGUUCCGGCGACCGCGCGGGUGAGCAGUGUGGGGGUGCCCACCCCACCCAGCGCUGCUUUGGCCGCCUGACGGACGCUUGGCGUCAUGAGGAGGGUGACUGUUACCGGUGUUUCCCGCCCGACCCGGGCAUUGGUACUGCUGCGCUCGGUGCUUGGGAGACUGCUGCUCUAGGUGCCAGUGAGGCUGCGCUCUCAGGUACUGGUGAGGCUGCGCUCUCAGGUACUGCGUCGGCUUCGGCCUCCCUCACUUUCACACUUGACUCCGGAGCUUCUCGCUCCUUCUUUCAAGACCGCACCACACUCACGCCGCUUGGUCGGCCGGUUGCAGUCUCCCUGGCUGACCCCUCUGGGGGUCCUGUCCUCUCUCACUUUUCCACUGUCCUCCCGUGUCCGGCUGCCCCCUCGGGCACCCUGUCUGGUCUGUACCUUCCCUCGUUCUCGACAAACUUGGUGAGUGGUGCGGACCUGCAGGAUGCGGGGGUUCACCAGUUCACUCCUGCGAGUCAGCGGGUGACCCACUGCACGGACGCAUGCACAGGCCGGCACCUGGCCACGUUCUCUCGUCGGCCGGGGUCGAGCCUCUACACCCUGACCACUGAGUCUCCUCCUGUCCCUGCGUCUGGUCAGGUAGCUGCGUCAGGUCAGGUGUUUGCUGCUGCGUCCCGGUCUGGCCCUGAGUCUGCCCCCUGUUCGUGUCGCCUCCUGUCUCACGAGACUCUCCUGUGGCACCACCGUCUUGGCCACCCCUCCUUGCCCCGUCUUCGGGGCAUGGCUUCCCGUGUCCUUGUCUCUGGUCUUCCCCAGUCUCUCCCUCCCCUUGCUUCGGGACCAGGACCUUCCUGUGUCCCCUGUGUCGAGGGGCGCCUCAGGGCUGCUCCUCACUCCUCCCAGUUUCCCCCGACAGAGGCUCCUCUGCAGACACUUCACAUGGACGUGUGGGGCCCGGCCCCCGUCCGUGGGCAGGGUCACGAGCGCUACUUCCUGUUGGUGGUUGACGACUACUCGCGUUACACCACAGUCUUCCCCUUGCGCAGCAAGGGUGUUGUCACUGAGGUGCUGAUCGACUGGAUCCGCGAGGCUCGUCUCCAGCUCAGGAGGAGCUUCGGCUCGGACUUUCCUGUUCUGCGUCUGCACUCUAACCGAGGUGGGGAGUUCUCCUCUCGCCUUCUGCGAGACUACUGUCGUGCACGGGGGAUCCGCCAGACCUUUACGCUUCCGGACUCUCUACAGCAAAAUGGGAUUGCUGAGCGCCGCAUUGGCAUGGUCAUGGACGUCGCUCGUACGUCCAUGAUGCAUGCGGCUGCCCCCCAUUUUCUGUGGCCGUUUCCGGUUCGGUACGCGGCGCAUCAGCUCAACCUCCACCCCAGGGGAUCUCGGGCGUUUGUCCGCGACUUGUCUGCGGACAAGCUGUCCCCUCGUGCUGCUCCCUGUGUCUUCCUUGGCUUCCCCCCUGACGCUCUAGGGUGGCUGUUCUACCACCCCUCCUCUCGUCGUGUUCUGUCCUCCCAGGACGUCACGUUCGACGAGUCAGUCCCCUUCUACCGCCUCUUCCCCUACCGCACUCCUUCUCUCCCCCCGCCACCGGACUUUCUUGUGCCGGUUCCCCCCCCGGUAGACCCCCUCCCCCCUCAGGUUCCUGCACCCUCAGGUGUGUCCCAGGUAGACGCAGUUGACCCGGUCGAGGUUUCUGGUGACUCUGGUGCUGCUGCGGGUGCUGAGCCUGGGGGUGCUGACUCUGGGGGUGCUGUGCGCGUGGGUGCUGAGCCUGGGGGUGCCGAGCCUAGAGGUGCUGCUACUGGGGGUGCUGAGCCUGGGGGUGCUACUGCUGAGGGUGCUGAGCUUGGGGGUGCUGGGCCGGGGGGUGCUGUACCUGGAGCUGCUGAGCUAGGGGGUGCUGAGUCUGGGGGUGCUGUGUCUGGAGCUGCUGAGCCUGGGGGUGCUGCGUCUGGAGCUGCUGAGCCUGGAGGUGCUGGGUCUGGGGGUCCUGCGCCUGGAGCUGCUGAGCCUGGGGUUUCUCCUGGUGCUCAGUCUCGGAGGGAGCCCCUCUCUCCACAGGAGCUGCGCGAGUGGUUUGCUCGCCGCUGGAGGCGUACUGCUGGAGCUGGAGCUUCUUCGACCGCCGAGGGUGCUGGUGCCGCCGGUCCCGGAGCUGCUGGGCCUGCGGGUCCUGCUGGAGCUGGAGCUGAUGAGGGUGUUGGUGCUGAGACUACUGCUAUCUGUCCUGGCGGUGGUCCUGCUGCUGGUACUGCCGCUGAGGGUGCUGGUGCUGUCCCUGCUGAGUCUGGAGUUGCCGCGCGGCCUCGGCCGUACUUCGUUCCGCUCUUGCAGCAGCGCCGUGAGCCUGCGUCUCGUCCCGCGUCGCCUGUUCGUGCUACUCGUACUAGUGGUCGCGGUUCGCGUCAGCGUCCUCCUCCUGUCCCUGGCACGCACCGGAUGUCUCUGCGUCCGUCCACUGCUCCUCUGCGUGCCCCCUUGCCUUCUCCUCCUGAGUCCUCCCUUCCUGUGCUUGCCGACCCAGAGUCGGACUCCCUUCGUGCUGCCAGUCCUACUGUCACGCGUCUGCUUGCUACUGUCGUCACUGACCCCUCUUUUGAGUCCGCUGCUGCGUCUGCUCUUGUCACUGAGCUCGUCGACUUUGCUGCUCGCUGUCGUCUAGACUACGCUGCCAGUCUUGUUGCUGAGUCUGCGUCUAUCUGUCCUCCGUCCGUCGGGGGUGAGUGUGCUCUUGGCACGGACGUCCUAGAGGACAGGCAGGAGGAGUUUCAGUGUCUGGCCGCUGCUUCACCUCAUCUCGCGUCUGUACUGCUUGCUCCUGAGGGAGACCCGGAUGCACUAGACAUCCCGACUCCGCGCUCUUACGCGGAGGCCGUAGAGGGUCCCUACUCCUCUCAGUGGCAGGCAGCUAUGGAUGCAGAGAUGGCUUCCUGGAAGUCCACAGGCACCUACGUUGACGCGGUUCCCCCUCCUGGGGCGAACAUCGUCAGUGGCAUGUGGAUCUUCAGGGUGAAGCGGCCGCCGGGCUCUCCACCUGUCUUCAAGGCACGGUACGUUGCUCGUGGCUUCAGUCAGCGGCAGGGAGUUGACUACUUUCAGACCUUCUCUCCCACCCCGAAGAUGACUACUCUUCGGGUGCUGCUGCACAUAGCCGCUCAGCGCGACUACGAGCUUCACUCUCUCGACUUCAGCACUGCGUUCUUGCAGGGUAGCCUGCACGAGGAGAUCUGGCUUCGCCGUCCACCUGGCUUCACUGGGACUUUCCCUCCUGGCACCCAGUGGAGCCUCCGACGGCCAGUCUACGGUCUCCGCCAGGCACCGCGUGAGUGGCACGACACACUGAGGACUACGCUUGCGGCUCUUGGGUUUGCUCCCUCUACUGCUGACCCGUCGCUGUUUCUGCGCACCGACACUUCUCUGCCGCCGUUCUACAUCCUCGUGUACGUCGACGACUUGGUCUUUGCCACAGCGGACACUGCUGGACUCGCCUACUGA